AUCAUACAGCAGAGACAGGACGGCAGCGAACACUUUUUUCGUAGCUGGAAAGACUAUGAGGAUGGGUUUGGUAACCUGACAUCUGAACACUGGCUUGGAAACAAGAACAUCCACGCCCUGACUGCCAGUGGUGCGUACGAGCUUCGAGUUGUCCUCGAGGAUUUUCAGAUGAACCGGAAGGUGGCCAACUACCGCUCGUUCUCUGUGGGCGAUGCCAUCAAACACCAGCUGUCCGUUGACGGAUACUCCGGGGACGCAGGCGAUUCCCUCAAGUUUGACCACGACGGUCACGCCUUCUCCACAGCGGAUGCCGACAACGACGGUGCCACUUCCGUCAACUGUGCCCAGACGCAUUCUGGGGGCUACUGGUACAGUGACUGCUUCAAGUCAAAUAUCAACGGCAAGUAUGGUAUCAAAGCAGAGAACGGCAUCAUCUGGGGAUCGUUCAAAAACUGGGAACUGUUCGUACUCAAGAAGACCGAGAUGAAGAUAAGACCGGUUCCAGUGAAAUAAACAUUAAAGUUUCCUUUGAAUAUCUACCAGAACUAGUAUACGCGUCCGAUAACUCUCACACCCACAUGUAAUUAUAUCCGUCGUCAUUGUUUGUUCUUCAAUGACAUGUAAACAUCCUAACUUAACUUAUAUUAAAAAUU